AACAUAUUACAGCGCCAAAUCCUAUAAAAGAAUCGAAUUGGCACAUUUCUAUUAGUCCAGAUGGAAAUUAUCUCGUUAUAUUUAAUCAUGAUGAAAUGGAGCUUAAAAUUAUUAAAUAUACUCAAUAUAAUGAAAUUAAAAACGUUGAGGGAUGCAAAAUUAACGAAGGUCUCUUUGGAAAUUAUAAAUCUUCUCAUAAUGUAAAAUGGAUGUUAGCAACAUCGAAUAUGGAUCAAAAUCAAAAAACCAUCUUUGUUGCAAUAUCAUGUGUAACUGAAUCUGAUAUGACAGUUAACAAGGAUGAACAAAAUAUAAGUUCAAAAUUUGAAACCAACAUUAGAGUUGAAAAUCGUGGAAAAACGGUUGUUUUAAAUAUUGAAAAGUUAGAAAAGUUAGAACCUGAGGGAAUUAAAGUUUAUAAACAGGAAAAUAUCGGUGGAAUUGUUUCUUUUGUGGAUGAUGAAAACGAUUCUGAUGAAGUAUAUUCUAGCAAAAACGAUUCUGAUGAGAAAAAUUCCAAUAAAAUUGAUUCUGGUAAAAAUGAUUUUAAUAAACAUGAACCUGUAUGCUUUAUAUUUAAUGGAAGCGGAAUCUAUAGACUUGAAUGUACGCUCAAUAAUAAGAGAUUAAAGAAUUUUGAGCAAUUUAAUUAUCCAAAAAAACUUAUGAACGAAUUAGAAUCUUUAUACAAAUCUAAAUCUUGUUUAUUACGAAUUAAUGACUGUAUUUUUAAUCAUUAUUUCCAUAUUGAGCAAUACACUGAAGGUAUACAAGUUAUGCAAUUGUAUGAUCUAAAAACCAUGCAAAUACAACAAAUAUUUAAUAUAUAUGAAGAAAAAAAUCAUCCGAAUAAAUAUAGCAAUUCCGUAUUAGCUAUUUCAAAAAAUAAGCAAAUGAUUGCUUUUUCUUCUGGAUAUGGAAAUAUAGCUCUUUAUUUAAUAGAAAAUGGUCUGGAAAUUAUUCGUAAAGAUUUAGGAAAAGAUACCAAAAUAAUUGGUUGCGAAUUUAAGGAUGAUAACAAAUUAAUGAUAAUUAAACAAGCUAAGGACGAGGCAGUGAUGUCAAUUUGGCAUUUAUAUACAAAUGAAGUUCAAGAUUAUGAUAAACAUAUCAAAGUUGAAGAAGAUAAAGAAAGUUUUUUAUAUAGCGCAAUGAUUCCUGGUAAAUAUGUAUUUAUUGAUAAUCUUGGUGGAAUAUUAUCUAUAUAUGAUAAUAUAUUUAAAAUAGAUAAUAAGAUAAAAGAAAAGCAAAGUUCUCUACCAGAAUUAGAAUUAUAUAAAGAUGGUCAUAAAAAAGAAAAGACAGAUAAAAUAUUAGAAUAUGACAAUAAAGAUCUUUCAAAAGAAAAAGCGUUACCUAUUAUACGUAAUAGAGAACCAUGGAUAACUGAUGAUUAUAAAAAGAAAUGGAUAUAUCUUGAUCAAGGAGAAUCGAUACAGUUAUAUAUUGGAAAAUGCACAGUUCAAGUAUGGAGUAAGAUUAAGCAAACAGAAAAUUUUAUUCUUGAAUAUUUUUGGACGAACGAAUAUGACGAUGAAAUUAAUGAUAAUGGAAUAUUACAAAUAGUAGAGUUAUUUGUUCAUAAAAGUGGUUUUGUUCUUAAAUUAAAAAAAAAUAAUAAUUAUACUGACCUCAAAUGGACAGAUAAAGAUAUUGUUGGUCAUAAGGAUUUAAUGAGGCAUGCUUGUGAUGGCCUUGUAUAUUUAAAUGAUCAAAGAAAUAAAUUAGCUGGAUAUGAGAACCAGCAUGAUAUUCACUAUAAUCUUAUGGCAAGCAUUAUAAUUGGUGGCUCAGAUACUCUUAUUAAAUACAUUUUAUUUGGUGAUGAUGUAGUAAAACAUACAAAUUUACAUAUACCAAGAAUAACACGAUGGACUGAAUCUAAAAAUAAUUCAAAUAAAAGUGAUUUGCAAAUAGCUAUUGGAUUGUGUGAACCUGGUCUUGAACGUAACCGUAGAAUUUUGGUUGUAACUUAUUUACUUGAAUAUUAUUCGAAAAAUGCAACUGAACAUCACGGAUGGUUAAUUACUAUUUCAAAAGCAUUACCAGACUUAUACACAUAUAAUUUAGAAUCUUGUGUAAGCGAAUUAUUUUAUAAAAAAUGCAUGGAAGGUAUAGAAAUAUCAAAUAUUAUUGAACACACAGAUAUCACACCUAAAUAUAUUCAAAUCAUUUUACAAGUAAAACAAAAGUUCACAGCAUUUAAUCCAAUCUCAAAACUUAUUUCAACAAGUGGGCAGAAAUUUGAUUUUAGAGAUGGUUUGAAGUUAGAAUUAACAAAACUUUACGUAAAAUUUCUUCCAAAGAAAUAUGAAAAUUAUUCUCCAAUUGUAAAAACAGUUCCUUUACAUAAUUUUACUGUUAAUAGUAUACAUGGAAAGAAUAACGACAAACCCUCUCAAUUACACCCUCAUCUCCAACAUAUUAUCAAACUUUUUAAAUUAUUGUUCAUCCCUCGAGUAUCAAUUGUCGUAUCAGUGGUUGUAAUGUCAGUUUAUGUCACUCCUUCAUUUGAUACUACAAACGCAUUUGCUAAUGUUGUGACAACUCAAGGAACAACCAUCGCGAUUUCUUUUACGAUGUUAUUACUGUGGUUUGAAUUUAUUUUAUAUCUUCGGUUAAUUUCAGAACCAGCGAAAUAUAUCUACAUUAUGCUAAAUAUUAUUAAAGAGAUAUGGAUAUUUCUUGCUUUUAUGAUUCUUGUGAUGGCAGGAUUGGCACAUAGUUUUUUAUUAUUGCUACAAUAUCCUGACUUUACAAAUCUUCAAGAAAACUCAUCAUCAUCCACAUUAUUUACGAGUGAUGCUAACUUCAAAAUUCAAAAUGAUUUUGAUCGAAACGAAGAUAACCCUGCUAAAUCUUUCGUUACCUCAUUUCUUUCAACAUAUAGUUGGUUAAGUGGUGGAUUUUCACAACAAGAUUCAUGGAAUUUUUGGGCGGUCAAGUUUAUUACCUUCUUUGGUAGUUUUCUUUUAGUAACCAUUUUACAAAAUAUGUUUAUUGCUUUUAUGGGGGGUGUGUAUUCUAAUGCUUUUGAGAAAGGUCGUGUUGCUUUAUUACGAUUUCGUGCAGAUUCAAUUUCGGAUUAUGAGGCAUUGGAUGAGAUAUAUUUCUAUCCUCCACCACCAGAACCAAAAUAUAUUUAUUAUAUUGGUAAAUCAAAAAGUCAUGAAAACUGGGAUGAGAAUGUCAAAAAACGUGAGAAUAAAAACUUAUAUGAUGAUUAUGAAAGCGAACAGAAGAAUGAAAAAGAUACUAGUGUCGAACUUAAUAAUAAGGUUAUUGAAUUGAACAGCAAAGUUGAUCAAGCUUGUAGUAAGAUAGAAGAUACUAGUGUUGAGCUUAAUAAUAAGAUUGUUGAAUUGAACAGCAAAGUUGAUAAGGUUUGUAGUAAGAUAGAAGAGGUUAAUAAUAAGAUCGAUAAAUUACUUAACUUUAAGUAA